CAUUACAGAGUCUUAAAAAACCAAACCUUCCCAAACUUUCUAAGAACCAUUUGCUUAACAUGGCAGCACCAACUCAGUCUCUGGUAUUCACAGUACGAAGGUCCAAGCCCGAGUUAAUUCCUCCAGCUCAGCCCACACCCCACGAGUUCAAACAACUUUCUGAUAUCGACGAUCAAGAGUCUUUCCGAUUUCAAGCCCCGGUGAUACAAUUUUAUAGACACGAUCCCUCGAUGCAAGGGAGAGACCCUGUGAAAGUCAUCAGAGAGGCACUUGCUCAAACACUUGUGUUUUACUAUCCAUUUGCAGGUAGGCUUAGAGAAGGGCCUGGAAGGAAACUUGUAGUAGAAUGCACGAGUGAGGGUGUCGUAUUCAUCGAGGCAGAUGCCGAUGUUACACUUGAGCAAUUUGGUGAUGCUCUUCGACCUCCAUUCCCGUGCUUGGAGGAGCUUCUUUUUGACCUUCCAGGCUCUGGAGGGGUUCUUCAUUGCCCCUUACUGCUUAUUCAGGUGACGCGGCUCAAAUGUGGCGCGUUCAUCUUCGCACUACGCCUCAACCACACGAUGAGCGAUGCCGCUGGUCUGGUCCAGUUCAUGACAGCCGUGGGCGAGAUGGCGCGGGGUGCGCGCUCCCCUUCCGUCUUACCCGUAUGGCAGAGACAUUUCUUAAAUGCGAGGGACCCAACAUGCUUGACAUGCACGCACCGCGAGUACGACGAGGUGAUCGACACCAAGGGUACUGGCACCAUCACCCCGCUCGAGGACAUGGCUUGCCGCUCCUUCUUUUUCGGCCGUACCGAGUUGUCUGCCAUCCGUAGGUUUGUGCCGCUUCACCUGAGCCAGUCCACCACCUUUGAGGUUAUCAUGGCAUGCCUUUGGCGAUGCCGCACCAUUGCACUCCAGUUCGACCGCAACGAGGAGGUGCGCAUGAUGUCCAUCGUCAGCGCGCGUGGCAAGUUCAAUCCUCCGUUACCGAGCGGUUACUACGGCAACGUCUUUGCGUACCCAGCAGCAGUCACGACUGCCGGAAAGCUCUGCGAGAACACUAAUUUGGGUUAUGCUUUGGAAUUGGUGAGGAAGGCAAAAAGAGAAGUGAACGAGGAGUAUAUGCGGUCGGUGGCAGAUCUAAUGGUGAUCAGAGGCAGGCCAUUCCUAACGGUGGUGGGCUCAUUCCUUGUGUCGGAUGUGACACGUGCCGGGUUUGGAAAGGUUGACUUUGGGUGGGGCAAGCCAGCUUAUGGUGGGCCAGCCGAAUGUGUUGUGAGAAGUAUUCCUAGAACGGGGAGCUUCUAUAUUCCUUGUAAGAACAGUAAGGGAGAGGAAGGAAUAGCCGUGGGAGUUUGCUUGCCAGCCCCAGCAAUGGAAAUAUUCGUCAAGGAGUUGGAUUUCUUUCUGAAAAACAUGCCGGAGAGUGGCAAGAAAUCCACUUUUAAUACGUCUAAACUGUAAACCCAGCUCAUGAUCAACGUACGGCCAUCGGAAGGCAAGUCGUUCGAAUAAAAGGUGAAAUUCAAAAUAUCUUGAGUAGGAUUCCCCAUUUCAUCAUGAAAAUCUCAGUCUUUACCGAGAAUACAAAAUGGCAACACUAUCGACGGAACGAAAUAAAAAUUGAGAAUCUGAGAAGACCAUCGGACUGUAAUUCAGAAGGAGGGAAGAAGGACUGGAAUCCAGAAGGAAGAAAGAAAGAUUGCGUGACUUUGUACAUUGGACUGAAACUCAGAAGGACUGAAAGCCAGAAGGAAGAAAGGACUGCGUGACUUGGUUCAUUGGACUAAAACCAAAAGUCUGAAAAAUGUCAAAUCCAUUUCGAAAGCUUAACUUGAUUCAUCGAAUUGAAACAGGUGAAAAGAAGCAUUCCGAGUGAAAAUCAUUUAGAUUGAAUAACAGUAUGUUAUGAAGCAUUUGAAUUUUUGUUCUCCCAAACCCAUGUUCUCCAAACCCAAUAAAUCUUGCAAAAAGGACAACAAAUUC